ACUCACACAAGAGUCAAUGAACUCUUCAUGGUCAUGAGUGUCUGCUUCAAAUAAACACAAUAAUCUGUUCUGCCAUGGACUGUACCCACCUGAGGGAUCUUUGACGUUUUAUCAGACAGUAUGCUUCAGUAAGCAGAAGUGGUUUGACAUCAGUUCUGUGACUCCACAAGAUCCACAGAUCGCUUCUACCCAUGCCAUGGCCCCAAAACACGUCACCAGUGGGACAUGUCAGCCACAAAGGAGGUGGUAUUUUGGCUUCACUUGAGGAGGUAAUGGAGGCCUGCUGUCCAUUUUAAUACAGAGUCUACCAGCAGAUGAUUGAAGGGCAUUAUAAGCUCUGUCCUUCCCCCUUGGCUGUCCAUUGUGAUCUUUAUAGGCUGAGAGUACCCAGAGGAAAGAUUAUGUACAAGGUGCUUCCUUUGCUGGCACAGUGCUCAGAGACAAACUACCAGCCUGGAGGGAGCAAGGGAAUCGAAACCAAACCCUAAAAGAAGAGAAAAGACAAGACCCUGUGUUUGGAUUUUCCCUCCUUGAUGACUGCCUCUGCACAAGUGAAGAGUCAAGAUGCCCACAAACUUCACUGUGGUGCCGGUGGAGGAUGCAGAGGACUGCAAUAAGAGUUUGGCUUCAGCCGGAGAUAACAAACCCAUCAGUUUGGGUAAAAUCUUUCAGGAGGAAGAGAACGAAGACAACUUACAAGGAGAUGAAGAUCAGAGAGAGUCCAGUCCAUUCAUCACCUCAGACGGUGACAGAGAACGCUAUUAUGAAGGACAGAACAUGGCCCUGUUUGAGGAGGAAAUGGACAGCACCCCCAUGGUUUCAUCUCUUCUCAACAAGCUGGCCAACUACACCAACCUGACCCAGGGUGUCCGUGAGCACGAGGAGGCCGAGAACGAGGAUGGCGUCCAGACAGUCGCUGUCGUGGUCCCUCAGAUGGGCACCUUUAUUGGAGUCUACCUGCCCUGCAUGCAGAACAUCCUGGGUGUGAUUCUCUUCCUGCGUCUCACCUGGAUCGUGGGUACAGCAGGAAUCCUCGGGUCCUUCGCCAUCGUGUCCAUGUGUUGCAUCUGCACCUUGCUUACAGCCAUAUCAAUGAGUGCCAUCGCAACCAAUGGAGUAGUCCCAGCUGGUGGUUCGUACUACAUGAUCUCCAGAUCUCUGGGUCCAGAGUUUGGAGGGGCGGUGGGUCUCUGCUUCUACCUGGGGACCACCUUUGCUGGAUCCUUGUAUAUCCUGGGCACCAUUGAGAUUCUGCUGCUGUACAUCGUUCCAACAGCACCUGUGAUUAAAGAAGGCGAAGACUCAGCAGGGCCCAACAACAUGCGUGUUUAUGGCACGUGCUGCCUGCUCCUCAUGGCUCUGGUGGUGUUUGUCGGGGUGAAAUACGUGAACAAACUGGCUCUGGUGUUUCUGGCUUGUGUGUUCCUCUCCAUCAUGGCAACUUACGCUGGAGUCAUCAAGACGGUCAUCGAGCCACCAGAGUUUACAGUCUGUCUGCUGGGUAACAGGUCUCUAAGGAAUGAUAAGUUUGAAACCUGUGCAAAGACUGAGGUGGUGAAAAACGAAACCAUGACCACCGAUCUGUGGAGGAUUUUCUGUGAAACUGAAUAUCCAAACGCAACAUGUGACCCGUUCUUUGACAUGAACAACGUGACAGAGCUCAGGGCCAUACCUGGGCUCCUGAGUGGAGUCAUCAAAGACAACCUGUGGGGUGAAUAUGCUCCAGCUGGCGAGCCCAUAGAGAAGAAAAGCCUGUCGUCUGUACAAGAACCAGACACGCCCACAGACACUGAUAAACCCUUCGUCUUCAAUGACAUCGCCACCUACUUCACUCUGCUGGUGGGAAUAUACUUCCCCUCUGUCACAGGUAUAAUGGCCGGUUCUAACAGGUCUGGUGAUCUCAGAGAUGCUCAGAGGUCUAUUCCCAUUGGAACCAUCAUGGCUAUUCUCACCACCUCGUUCAUCUACAUCUCCUGCGUGGUCAUGUUUGGAGCCUGUAUUGAAGGAGUGGUGCUGAGAGACAAGUUUGGUUUCUCUGUGAAGAAGACUCCGGUCAUUGGUGUCCUGGCCUGGCCUUCACCCUGGGUGAUCGUGAUUGGCUCAUUUUUCUCCUGCUGUGGGGCAGGGCUUCAGAGCCUCACUGGCGCCCCCAGGCUGUUACAGGCGAUCGCUCGUGAUGGCAUCAUCCCGUUCUUACAGGUCUUCGGUCAUGGGAAAGCUAACGGUGAGCCGACCUGGGCUCUGCUGCUCACAGUCGGGAUCUGUGAGAUAGGAAUCCUCAUCGCUUCUCUGGAUGCCGUGGCUCCCAUCCUCUCCAUGUUUUUCCUCAUGUGCUAUCUGUUUGUGAACCUGGCCUGUGCUGUGCAGACUCUCCUCCGGACCCCCAACUGGAGACCUCGCUUUAAGUUCUAUCACUGGACACUGUCUUUCUUAGGGAUGAGUCUGUGUCUCUCUCUCAUGUUCAUCUCCUCCUGGCACUACGCCCUGGUUGCCAUAUUGAUAGCCGGCUGUAUCUACAAGUACAUUGAGUACCGAGGAGCUGUGAAGGAAUGGGGAGACGGGAUCAGAGGUCUGUCCUUAAAUGCAGCACGCUACGCUCUCAUCAGGCUGGAGGAGGCACCACUGCACACCAAAAACUGGAGGCCUCAGCUGCUGGUGUUGUGUAAGCUGGACUCAGACCUGGCUGUGAAACACCCUCGUCUCCUCUCCUUCACCACGCAGCUGAAAGCAGGAAAGGGACUAACCAUUGUGUGUUCGGUGCUCGAGGGAACCUACAUGACCCGAGGGAAGGAUAUCAAGGCUGGAGAGCAGAACUUAAAAGCAGCCAUGGUGGCAGAGAAGAUGAAGGGUUUCUCCCAUGUGGUAGUGUCAUCCAACCUGCGAGAUGGUUUCUCUCUUCUCAUCCAGUCUGCUGGACUUGGAGGAAUGAAACACAACGCUGUCCUGAUGGCGUGGCCUGUAGGCUGGAAACAUGCCAGGGACUCCUUAGCAAGAAGAAACUUUAUAGAGACGGUGAGAGAGACGACGGCAGCUCAUCAGGCUCUGCUGGUUGCAAAGAACAUCGACAAAUUCCCUGGAAACCAGGAUCGUCUGAAGGAGGGAACCAUUGACGUGUGGUGGAUCGUACACGAUGGUGGACUGCUCAUGCUGCUGCCGUUCCUUCUCAGCCAACACAAGGUGUGGAGGAAGUGCAAGAUGAGAAUCUUCACGGUGGCCCAGAUGGACGACAACUCAAUCCAGAUGAAGAAAGACCUCCAGAGGUUUCUGUACCAUCUGCGCCUGGAUGCACAGGUGGAGGUGGUGGAGAUGCAUGACAGUGACAUCUCAGCCUUCACAUACGAGAAGACGCUGAUUAUGGAGCAGAGGUCCAAGAUGUUAAAACAGAUGCAGCUGUCCCGCACAGAGAGAGAACGAGAGGCCCAGCUGAUCCACGACAGAAACACAGCGUCUCAUUCAACCAACGAAAAGGCAGCAGGUGGCCCACCAGACAGAGUCCACAUGACCUGGACUAAAGACAAACUGAUCAACGAGAGGAACAGACACAGAGAGGGAAUGGGGGUGAAAGACAUGUUCAACAUGAGACCCGAGUGGGAGAAUCUGAGCCAGUCCAACGUGCGGAGGAUGCACACAGCUGUGAAGCUGAAUGAAGUGGUGGUCAAGAAAUCAGAGAACUCAGAGCUUGUCCUUCUCAACAUGCCGGGACCACCAAGGAGCAAGAAAGGCCAUGAGAACUACAUGGAGUUCCUUGAAGUCCUGAUGGAUGGCCUUGACCGUGUCCUGUUGGUCCGCGGAGGAGGCCGGGAGGUCAUUACCAUCUACUCCUAGCACCAAUGGGUUCUUAAUUAUUUCCAAGUGGACUGGAAGGGAACACUACUGGACUGCUGGACCGCAGUGAAAGAGGAGGACAUGGCUUUUAGGGGACUUGGAUCUGGAUGAUGGAUGGAGGAAGCAAUAGAAACCUCUCUUUCACUCCCAGGUGAAAAAACAGCACGUUUGGGAGGAUCAUGUUUGCUCAGAAGGACGAGGGGUCUACCUGCAGCUUCGCCUGAGUCUGGUGCAUGUUGUUGUGGAACAGAGGGGUCUCCCUCAGGGCCACCUUGACUCACACAUGCAAACACUGUAGCACUAAUGCACAGAUAGUCUUUCUUUCACACUGUUUUCUGAAAGAGUCUAAGAGAUAUAUCACUCUUGAGUCAUAUCACUCUAUCAGGCCCGUUGAUAAGUGUCAGGGCCAACAUUGUAAUCCACAGAAAGUCUUUGACAGUUUAUUUUACUCAGUUGUUUCUGUUGUCACAGAUAUCAUUUGUGUGAUCAAAAAGGAAGAGAAAGUGAAAAUGUAAAUUGAUCUUAAUCAUUUUAGCAUUUCAGUAAGUUUUACUUGUGUCUCAGAUGUAUUUAGUUUUAUUUUGUGUUUGAGUGGAUCAUUUAGAGCAUGUGUUUGAGCUCCGCUCGUAACCUGCUGGUGUGCCUGUCAGAAGAAAGCUGAGCAACAUGAAACCUUGUAUAGUAGUAUUAUAUUUUAAUAUUUUAAGUUCAGCAUACACAGCUUUUUAGCUCACAGUGUGUCAUGUGAUAGUUUUACAAAGAAGACAAUAAACAAACUCACAAAGAAGUCUAAAGUCAAAGGGGCAAUUUGUUUCUUAUUUUUGAUAUUCCUUCAGAAGUGAUGAACGAUGAAGAUCAAAUAUAACAUGUCCAGAAAGUUGCAGAAUCUUUCAAUAAAAGGCAUUACUCUGGUAUCUUUAA